GCGUUUUGGGGGCAGAGGAGGAUUGUGGAAAAGCAAAGGGCGAGAGCUAGAAACGAGGCCCGACAGUUGUAGCGUUCGCGCGGAGGGGAGGGGAAGGAGAGGGCAGCUGUCCCCGCUUGAUUGAUUGACUGGUGUGGGAAGGGUUUGCCUAUCAACGUAGCUAGUCUGUUGUGCAUCCAAUGCUUCUUAAUAUCACUGCAAUUGAGUUACUGUUUAUUGCUUUCAAGAAAUGCAUUUUCAUUUGAAAUGUUAAAUAAGCAAUGCUAACGCCUUUCGAAUCAACUUUCUUCGUAUCCAUCCGCAGCGGGGUCUUUUUUUUGUACCUGCCUAGCUAGGUUAGCUUGUUUUUUUGGCAGUGAUCCCCCUUGCUAAAUAUGGCGCGUCACAUUUGGCCUCACCGUACAGUAUACGAAACACGUAUAAGGUAACAGUACCUGACUAAUGUUAGCUGUGUCUCGGACAGACGGUCCUCCUUUUAGGUUAACCUUUAUUAUGCUCGUGAGCUAACGCCAAUGUGGCGUUAACGGUACAUGUUAACCGAUAAAUACUGUGGAAAAACAAGGCUUACUCCCGCCGAGCUGCUUUGUCUGCGAAUAUCACGAACGGUAUACUACAUGGAAGAUGGACAAUGAUGUUAGCCCCAAGGCUUUAUUACACUUUUAUCUCCCCUUACCGCCACAAAGGGUACGAAGCUAACCCAGGGCUAACAGCUAAGCACGUCGUGGUUGGCCACCUGUCCCCGCUCUCUAUAAUGCCCAGGUGUUUGCAGCAUCUGCAGUGAAGUGAUGGCAGCCCAGUCGGUUUCCAUAGAAAAGUACCCGAAGGGAGAGCAGCAGAUGCAAGGUGUAGUGAAGGUGGACGGAGAUUCCGAGCAGAAGUAUCUUGAGGGGACGUUGGCAGAGGUGCCCAGCCCGGCCCCCACAGAGCCACAGACACCCAUGGACGUGGACAAAGCCUCCAUAUAUCGGCACCCCCUGUUCCCUCUCUUGGCCCUGCUGUUUGAGAAGUGUGAACAGUCCACGCUCAGCUCUGAUUGCAUCACCUCGGCCAGCUUUGACGUGGACAUUGAGAACUUUGUCCGCAAUCAGGAGAAAGAGGGGAAGCCCUUCUUCAGCGAGGACCCUGAACUCGACAACUUGAUGGUGAAAGCCAUCCAGGUGCUGCGCAUCCACCUGCUGGAGCUGGAGAAGGUGAGUGACCUGUGUAAGGACUUCUGCAGUCGCUACAUUGCCUGCCUCAAGACUAAGAUGAACAGCGAGACCCUGCUGAGUGGAGACCCGGGGAGCCCCUACUCCCCCGUGCAAGGCCAGGUCCAGGGUUUCUCCCCCAUCAAGACGCCGGUAUGGACUACCCCCAGCUCUAUCUCGGGGACCAUCAGUCCCCAGGGUCAGAUCAUGGUGCCAACAUCAGCCCUGCAGCAAGGGAACGUUACCGUGACAGCCGUCAACCCCACCCAGGUGGUCGCAGGUAUGUCACCAUGGCAUACAACAACUCCUCCCUCAGGUGGGACGGUGUACCAGCCUGUUACAGUCGUCACUCCUCAGGGUCAGGUGGUAACACAGGCCCUUUCUCCCGGGACAAUACGCGUCCAAAACAAUCAGCUCCAGCUGCAGUUUCACCAGGACCUGAACCUCUUUAAUCACGACGACAACUCAUCCAAGAACAAACGUGGUGUCCUACCUAAGCAGGCAACCAAUGUCAUGCGCUCGUGGCUCUUCCAGCACAUUGGGCAUCCAUACCCAACCGAGGAUGAGAAGAAACAGAUUGCCACUCAGACAAACCUAACUCUUCUGCAGGUCAACAACUGGUUCAUAAAUGCCAGGAGGCGGAUCCUGCAGCCCAUGUUGGAUGCCAGCUCCGCUGAGACACCAAAAGCCAAGAAGAAGACGCCUCAGAACCGGCCCCUGCAGCGCUUCUGGCCUGACUCCAUUGCCACAGGGGGGGGCCAGCAGCAAGUCACCAUGCCUGAUGGGACAAUGGUGACGAUGAACAUGGAGAGUCUGCAGAGUCUGACGUCAGACGGGGCCACACUGGCAGUACAGCAGGUGAUGCUGGGGGGCCACAGCGAGGACGAGUCGGGGGACAGUGGAGACGAAGACGAUGAUGCGGACAUGGCCGGGCUGGGCCUGGACAACAGCGACUCAUUGCAGUAGAGGACAAACACCUCACAUUGAUCUACACACAUGCGUCCAUAGGUCUGCAGCGUUUUCAAACACACGAGUCCUCGUCAGACACACAUUAGGUUUACAUCGAGCACAAAAAUACAGGACGUCCCGCUCCUGCACUCCAACCCCCCCACCCUGCUGAACGGCAGUUUAUGCUGCGUGUGUACAUCAGGAGUUUCAUUUCCGAAACCCUUUUUUGAUUACUAAGUUGAUGUAUGCCAGUGCACUUUUGUAUAUUGAAGCUCAAAAAGAUUAAAUCAAACAGAAGAAAAAAUGAGUGUUUAACACUUGAAGCAAGUUUGUAUGCUCCGCUGAUAAAUGUUGACUGAUCUCUGAUUUGUUCCCCGUCCCCUGUUGAAUUCUCAUUUUGGAUGCCAACAAUUUCAAGUUGUAUCUGUAAGGGUUUGUCUUCACUUUUUGCAUGCUUGUGUUUGAGUAGAUGUGCGCAUUUUUGCGACGGACUCCGCGACUCUCACUUGGGCCCCUGCAGGCCGAGCGGAGCUGGUGGAGAGAUUUGAAAAAAAAAAAAAAAGGAGAGAUGCUUAUUUUUAUAUACAAACGUAUGAAAUUCCAGUUUUUUGUUUCAAUUUUGUGUUCUCCUGUUUUGUAAGGAAUAUUUAUGUACAGAUUCAUAAUUAAAGUUAGUGACCCUGUUUUCCAGGGUUCUUUGAAGUUUUCUAAAAAAAACAAAGGAAUUGAAUCCUGAAGAAAAUUACUAUUUAAAUUGGUUUUAAACUUACAAUACUAACAAGGCCUUACCUGUGUUCUUUUUUAAAGAAUUCUUGCCAAGAAGCACAAAAACAAAGUCUGACCCUUGGUGAAAUUGGUCAAAACGACACUAAACUGCAGUCAAUGUGUGGUUCUGUAAAGCAUUGUUAAUAAUUUUACUCUGCAUACAACCAUGUUAUGUGAAGUAAUCUUUCACAGUAACUUGACUGCAGUGCUCAGAUUUCUUGCAUACACUUUUACCCUCAUUGUGUAUAACAUACGUUACGUCUCUUAAUCAUUUGACAGUAGUAGCAAACUUUCUAAAAUGCACAAUCCAGAACACUAUGCUAACCACACAAUCACAAGGGUCAGGGGCACCACAUUGAGGUCUGAGCUCCAUUAUCAACAAGCAGUGGACUUUUGCACGCGUUAAACUUUUAUUUAUGUACACGUACAUGCUGUGCUUAAAACAGGGCAGGUGUUAAGUUGAUUGGCGCCUGAGGGACGCUGUGACCCCUUCCACUACAAUUGCAUGUAGUGAGACGCCACAUCUCUAUCAGUAUGUUGAUAUUACUUCACAAAUAGGGUGCCUCUUGUUUGAAAAUCUGUAAUAUUGUACUGUACAACAAUUGUCUGUCAAUAGCUGCAGUAUCUGGUUCAUUUCCUCCUGUAAAGUUGAGGCCUGGAAUGGUUAUUUGGUGCAGCUGAGGGUGGGGGGACUCUGGGUGGGCCCUUGCUGAACUGUCGGUUCCUCACUUGUCUUGCUUUUUAUGAAGCGUUGCUCACUUUUUUCUUGUCUGUUUUGCCUUAGAGCUUUCUAUUUUGGAAUAAACGAUGCCUAACUCUCUGCUGUGA